AUGACUCUUCUUGCUGUUCUCUAUACAGUCGGUGUGUUGAUUAUUUCAAUUGUUGUUCUAGUCUAUUGGAAAUUAAUUCGUUCACCGAAACGUUUCUACGAUGAAUUUCGUCGACAAGGCGUACCGGGCGAACCAUUUGUGCCUCUCAUUGGUCAACUGCGCGACUUGUAUCGUGCCGUUCAGAAUGAUGCUUCAAUGGCCUAUCGAAUGAGUCUUGUUCAAAAGCAUGGCUAUGUCUAUCUCAUCGGUUUCGGCCCAGACAUCGAACUAAUUGUCAACGAACCCGAUUUGAUUGCCGACAUUUUGGGCCAUUCACAUGCGCACGACUAUCAAAAGCCGUCUGAUUUUGCUCGACUACUUGCUCCACUCAUCGGCAUACAUAAUUUAUUAGUAAGUGAAGAGAUCGAACAUGAGCGUGCUCGAAAAAUGCUCAAUCCGGCGUUUCAUUUUACUCAUCUUCAAUCGAUGAUAUCCAUUAUGACGAAGCAGACAGCUAAAUCCAUCGAUGAAAUAGUCUUAGCUUGUACUCAAAAGCAAUUUAUCGAUAUACAAACUGAACUUAAUUCUAUGACGUUGACAAUAAUUGCAUCGAGCGCAUUCGGUCAAAGUUUUGAAACAGUAGCAAACGCUAAAGAAAUUGUUUCUCGAGCAUUUACUGACGUUCUUGACGCAAUUGAGUAUCGAGGGAUGCGCAUGAUUGAUUCAAUUCCGAUUGUUGCUCGGCUGCCGUUCUGGCACAAACGUCUUUUAGAUAAAGCAUGCGAGGACAUUAGUCGAUUUGUUGAUCAACUCAUUGAUGAUCGUCGAUGUGGACAAUCGAGCAGUCUCUGCAGUGGUAAAGAUCUUCUCGAUUUUCUUCUUUCUGCUGUCGAUCAAGAAGGAAAACCUUUUAGUGAUCAAGAAAUCAAAGAGCAAGCCUUAACCUUUGUCCUAGCCGGGCAUGAAACCACGGGCAAUCUCAUGACAUGGACCAUAUACGUGCUUAUGACACAUGAAGACGUAUGGCAUGCUUGUCGCGAAGAAGUUGACAAAGUACUACCGAAUGGCACCAAGCCAACGCCUGAUCUCAUGAAUGAAUUAAUCAUCUGUGAAGCCGUCUUACAAGAAACUCUUCGUCUCUAUCCUCCGGCGCCGUUCUUUUCAAGACAAUGUAUUCGAGAACACACGAUUGGUAAAGAAGGUCAACGUCAAUUACGUAUUCCCGUCGGUUCAAUCAUUUCAUUCAAUACCUAUCUACUUCAUCGACGUGAAGAUUUUUGGCCUCGAGCUCUUGUUUUUGACUACAGACGAUGGUUGCGUGAUCCAGUAUCUGGUUUGAAACCGAAAUUAGCACAUCCGUUCUGUUAUUUACCAUUCGCUGCCGGACAACGUAAUUGUAUCGGUCAGAAUUUUGCUUUGCUCGAAGCCAAAGUCAUAUUGGCAAUGCUCGUGCAACGAUGUGAUUUUACCAUCGAACCGAAUCAGAACAUUACAACUGACGUACGCAUUACCAUGCGUGCCAAAUAUGGACUACGAGCGAAAGUUACAAAACGAUCGUUCGAUUUUUAA